AUGUAUCGGUAUCCUCAUAUGGCAUUGCUGGGGUUCGGUGAAGAUGCAGGGUCAGCGCUGUGGCUAUGCGGUGGUUCACUCAUUAGUGAGACCUUCAUACUGACUGCAGCGCACUGCAUAUCGUCAGACUAUCUAGGUCCAAUACGCUUCGCAGCCCUGGGCUUACUCAAGAGGUCAGACCCUCCGGAGCGGUGGCAAGUAUUCAACAUCAGCCGGGUCAUACCACACCCAGACUUCGCGCCGCCAUCAAAAUAUCAUGAUAUAGCGUUGUUGGAGAUUUCUAAACCAGUAACAUUCAGUAAGGAAGUGUUCCCGGCGUGUCUGGACGUCGGCGGGCAGCCGCAGUCGCGUGCCUCCGCCACUGGGUGGGGCAAACUCGGCAGGAAUAGACCUUUGGCUGACAAUCUGCAGGAGGUGAAUCUAUACGAGUUUUCAGCGGCGGAGUGCUCUCACAACUUCCCUCCGCAUCGGCUGCUGAAGCGAGGGUACAUGCACAACAUACAGAUGUGCUACGGAGGAGAUACCACCACGGAAGCCAGGGACACUUGUGAGGGCGACAGCGGCGGGCCCCUGCAGGUGAGGUCGUGCAUAUCAGCGUGCCUGCGCACGAUCAUCGGCGUGACGUCGCACGGGCGCGGCUGCGGGCUCGCGGGCUCCGCCGGCGUGUACACGCGCGUCACGCGCUACGUGCCCUGGGUAGAGCACGUAGUGUGGCCUGGUUAUACAUCGGCGUGACGUCGCACGGGCGCGGCUGCGGGCUCGCGGGCUCCGCCGGCGUGUACACGCGCGUCACGCGCUACGUGCCCUGGGUAGAGCACGUAGUGUGGCCUGGUUAUACAU